CUCAUACUAUUCCCCCUUUUUUUACUUCUCGUUGACGUUCGUCUGGUAGAAGCGUAAUCCGCCGUCCUCUUAUGUUUUUGUUGUCCGUUCAGCGUUCCUCGUUCAUACCGACUGUCUAGAUCUCCAUAAACGGUUUGAUAACCGAAAUCUGUCGCGGGCUCAACGCCGUCGUCUUUUGAUCGUUUCGGAUUUACAUAGGCUGCUUGUGCGCGGCUGUCAAUUUUGCGAAGAAAAACACAUCGUUUGCAGUAACACCUUAAGUAUCCGAAAAUGUCUGGUAUUGCAAUAACUCGAUUGUCGGAGGAACGUAAAGGAUGGAGGAAAGAUCAUCCAUUUGGUUUUGUUGCUAAACCAGGCAAAAAUCCAGAUGGUUCAUUGAACCUCAUGGUUUGGGAAUGCUAUAUACCUGGCAGAAAGAAUACUGCAUGGGAAAAUGGAAUGUACUUUUUACGUAUGAUCUUCAAAGAUGAUUAUCCAUCCAGUCCACCUAAGUGCAAAUUUGAGCCACCAUUGUUCCACCCUAAUGUGUAUCCGUCUGGUACGGUGUGCUUAUCAUUAUUGGAUGAAGAAAAAGAUUGGCGUCCAGCUAUUACUAUUAAGCAGAUAUUGUUGGGAAUACAAGACCUUUUGAAUGAGCCCAAUAUCAAAGAUCCUGCCCAGGCAGAAGCCUACACUAUUUAUUGCCAAAAUCGUGUUGAAUAUGACAAACGUGUCCGAGCACAAGCUAAAGCGAUGUCCAGACCUGAAUAAGAAAACUAUUUGGCAGAGAGAGAAGAGGAUGAAUUUAUUUCUGUACCCUAUUAAAAUAGUAACAAUUCUUUAUAAGUUUUUUCACUUCUGUUAAUCAGUAAGAAAUAUCCAUGUGUAUCAUACUCAACAUUAAAGAUCAGUUGCUGUCUUCUCUCAUUUUUUUUUUUUUACAUUAAAAGAUUAUAUUCUUUUUUUUAUUAUUAUUAUAGCUGUAUUAUUUAUAUUACUACUUUAUUGUAUUUAUAAAUAUUUUGAGAUCAAAUUGA